AUGGAUGGAAUUAAAGUUAAUGAUGUAUUUGAUCCUGUCAAUGAAGAGGAAAACAUGACCAUUUGCAAUCUUCAAGGGCCACUGCUGCCUGGGUCUUAUCGUUCAUAUGGAAAGGCCCUCAAACGUUCUUUCGAAAAGGAGUUGAAUCUCGAUGAUUGUCCUAUAGCUUUAAAAAGGCCAAGAGGUAACUCUAAAUCUUCCAAAGUUUGUAUUUCUAAAGAACCCAGAAAUUUUCCUAGUGAGUCCGUCAAGAAUUUCUCUCAUGCAAAUGGCGAUUUACCAAGGCCUAGACGUCGUCGAAAGUCAUCAAUUACGCAAAAUGUCGUAGAUGAUCGUGUUGCUCAAACCACGGAGAUGGUGCCAAUUGAAAUAAAACCCCCCACAGGUGACGAGGAACCCCAAGAGCUACCAGAAUGGCUACAGAAUGAAAUAACAGAAUCGUCUCUAAAACCACUGGAUACAAUAUUUGAGGAUCGUCUUUUGGAGGAGAAUAAACGAAUCCCUCCUGCGCGUUCGAAAAGGUUCAACAUUUCAACUACCACAAGAGUAACGCGCCGAAGGACAUUCGUUAACUCAUCCCCAGUUCCAAAUGUAGUGACUUCCUUGACUAAAAGUUGCCUUCCACGACAGUUAGUCUUUGUGACCUGGGAGGAGAUGUAUCCAAGCCAAAGGGAAGAUGAAAAUUGGAAGAAAUUUGUUGUCAAGUCUAAGAAAGAUAAAAGACGUUCCCAUAUUUCCAAGCUCAGAUCUAUGAACAAGCGACUGGGAGAAGUGUUCAGAAUUUCUGAAGAAACAGAGAAAAGGCUCAAACAAUUUUGGACUGAAAUGACCGAUGACUUAUAG